AUGGGGACUGAUUUGCAUUAUGAAAUCUUGCUAGAUAUUUCAGAAUGCUUGAAAGGCUUUAAAGAAAUUGUCCUGGAAAGUAGGAAAGAAAUGCUUAAUAGUCUGUGUAAUAUUUAUAGCAUGGAAAAUGGAGUUUCUUUUCUCUCCGAUAUUAAUGAAAAGAGAAUUCUUGGAGUAGAUGGUCAAGAACUGGUUUAUCCUAAGAGGGCUUCUCCAGUACAGAAGCGAGAUAUUGAACAUACCCAUGAUCCUGACAUGGAGGAAUACUAUGAAAAUGAAUUAUUGUAUGAACUAAGAUUUAAUAGAAAAACCAUCAUACUUCACCUUUACCGAACAAGGGAGCUUUUAGCAUCAAACUACAGUGAAACCUACUCUUCUACAAAAGGAAAGGUCACUCGGUAUCCUCAGAUCACGGAGCAUUGUUUUUACCAAGGAUCCAUCGUAAAUGAAUUAGAUUCUGCUGCCAGUAUCAGUGCAUGUAAUGGCCUGAGGGGAUUCUUCAGAAUAAAUGACCAAAGGUACCUCAUUGAGCCAGUGAAAUACACAGAUGAGGGAGAACAUUUGGUGUUCAAAUAUAAUACAAAGCUGCAAUAUGCUGCCAAUUACUCCUGUGAAGAACUCAAUUUUACCAGGGAAAUUGUCCCAAGCACUGAUUCUAAAUCCAUGGAAAACCACAAAAUGGAAAGCAUCCACAGAGACAAAUAUAUUGAACUGUUCAUUGUUGCUGAUUACCAUAUGUACCACAGGAAUAUUCAUCCUCAUGAUCUACUAAGGAAUCGAAUUCUGGGAAUGGUCAAUUUUGUCAAUAUGAUUUAUAAAACUUUGAACAUUCAUGUGACAUUGGUUGGGUUUGAAGUGUGGACAAAUGGAGAUCAAAUAAAAGUAGACUCAAACAUAGAAACUACUUUAUUAAGUUUCUCUUCUUGGCAAGAAACAAUUCUUAAAAAAGGAAAGACAUUUGAUCACGCUGUGUUGCUCAGUGGAAAGUGGCUCUACACACAUGCACAAGGAACAUCUUAUCCAAGUAGGAUGUGUCUGCCCUACUAUUCUUGCAGUGUUGUUAAGGAUCUCUUACCUGACAUAAAUAUAGUUGCAAACAGAAUGGCCCAUCAGUUGGGGCAUAGCCUUGGGAUGCAGCAUGAUGAAUUCCCAUGCACCUGUAACUUUGGAAGAUGUGUAAUGGAUAGCAGUGGAAGCAUUCCUGCGCUAAAAUUUAGUAAAUGCAGCAAAAACCAAUACUUGAGAUAUCUGAAGGAUUAUAAGCCAACGUGCAUGUCAAAUAUUGCAUUUUCUGAUAGCUUAUAUGAUUUUCCAUAUUGUGGAAACAAGAAUUUGGAUGAAGGAGAAGAGUGUGAUUGUGGCUCUGUUCAGGAAUGCACUAACCCUUGCUGUGAUGCUGACAAAUGUAUGUUGAAGCCAGGAUUUACUUGUGCAGAAGGAGAAUGCUGUGAAUCUUGUCAGUUGAAAGUAGCAGGGUCAAUCUGCAGACCAGCAAAAGAUGAGUGUGAUUUUUCUGAAAUGUGUAAUGGCCACUCCUCCAAGUGUCCUAAGGAUGAAUUCCAAGUAAAUGGAUUCCCUUGCAAGAAUGAAGAAGGCUACUGCUUCCUAGGGAAGUGUCCCACCCGGGAUGAUCAGUGCUCUGAACUGUUUGAUGAUGAAGCAAAAGGAAGUCAUGAUAUCUGCUACAAGAUGAACAAAAAUGGAGAUGAAUUUGGAUACUGCAGAAACACGAACAACAAUUUUGUUGCCUGCAAAGAGAGAGAUGUCAAAUGUGGAAAGAUAUACUGUGCUGGAGGACAGCACUCACCUCAAUGGGGCGAAGAUAAGAUCUAUCACCUCCAGGUUCCAAAGGAGAAUGCAACUGUCGAAUGCAGAACCUAUUUUUUUAACCAUAAUUCUGAAGAUGUUGGCCUGGUUGCUCCUGGAACAAAAUGUGGAGAUGAAAAGGUGUGCAACAAUGGUGAAUGUGUCAACAUCAAAAGGGCCUACAAUUCAACCAAUUGCUCCUUUCAGUGCAAUGAAAAUGCUGUGGAUGGUCAUGAAGUUGAAUGCCUGUGUGAAGAACAGGGAUCUCUAGACUGGGAAGAAACCUUAAAUGUUACCAAUAUUGCUAUCCUUGUUGCCGUACUUGUGCUAGUGGCUGUUGGUGCUGUGGCUGUCACUUUAUUAAUUCGUCACCAAAAAUGUAUUAAGUUGAAGCAAAUUCAGAGCACACCUGUAGACUCCUUAGGAGUAGAGAAUAAAGGAUAUUUCGGUGAUGAGCCACAGCCAAGGAAUGAACCAGUCUUUUCAGAUAUUUAUCCCUUACACCAAAGAACUGAAGAGUCCUUUGAAAACUUUCCUUCUGACUUUUCAAGUCCCCAAUACAUCACACUGAAACCUGAAAGUAAAGAACCAAGAGGAAUUGCAGAUCCUAACCCAAGUACCAAAAUGGCACCAAACGUUAGAACCUGUGAAAAUAUGAAGCCUCAUCAACAAGUGAUGUAUGGAAUACACAACAAGGAUGGAAAAGGGAAGCUAGGCAGUGGUCAUGCUUAA